AUGUCUCUGCGAGAGCCAUCCGACGCAGCUGACCUCUCGCAGCCACGUUCCCGUUCAUCUUUCGUCCACGCCUCGCGUCCCACUUCGAUCACCACCACCACCACAAACACAAAUCCUGCUCCUCGACCGCGCACCACCAACGCACUGCGCCAUGCGGUCAAGAGCAUCUCGAAAUUCACCGGCCACGGAGCGCACGGUGACGCCGAGAGCCGCAGCAUGUUUCUCAAAGAAUGCUCGCUCUACACAUGCUUCCUGCUCGCCGGAUGGGUGGAUGCUACACCGGGAGCGCUGCUACCUGCGAUCCGGCAGCGAUGGGAUUUGAGCUUCGUGUACGUCUCGAUGCUCUUCGUCGGCACUUUUACCGGAUGCAUCAUCGCUGCUGGUUUCGUCUCACCGAUGAUGGAUCGUUUUGGGUUCGGAAAGAUGAUCUCGGGUGCGGCUGCUCUAGGAAUGGUGUUUCCGGUGGUUUUCCUGACGAUGCCACCGUUCCCGGUGCUGAUCGUGGCGAUGAUCUUUUCGGGAAUGUCGACUUCGACGCUGGAUGCGUUGGUCAACGUGUGGAUCUCGCAGAGACCAAAGGCGGAUGUGAGGCUGGGGUUCACGCACUUCCUGUAUGGCGUGGGCGCGCUGAGCAGUCCCUUGGCUGCUAUUCCGUUUUUGCACGAGGGAAGGAAGGGGAUUGCGUUUCAGUACUUUUUCAUCGUUUCGUUGGGAUUGGCGACGGUCGUGUUGACGUUGGUGACGGUGGCAUUCAGGUUGCAGAGGGAUGAACAUGUCGAAGGCCCAGAGAUGGGUGAUGUGACAGAGACGCGCAUCGAGUUGCAGCCGAGGAGCGCGAGCGAUUCGAAGGAGAAGCACCAGUGUGUUGAUGAAGCUGGAGUCUCGCAAGCGGGCGAGUCGGGCUCGUCAUCGACACCGUUGGAACUCAUGCCUACUACUUCGCGCGGUCUUGGCCGCUCAGAACUGCACCCUGUCCCCGCAGACACGGCAAACACACGUUCGGCAUUUCACAAGCUCAAGGCGGUAGUGCGUCAACGAAAAGUCAUCCUGCUCAGCCUCUUUACGUUCAUGUACGUUGGGACCGAAGUCACCGUCGGCGGAUGGUCGUCGACGUUCCUGCUGGAAGUUCGCAACCAGUCCACAUCGGCCAACGCCAUCGUAUCUGGCUUCUGGGCAGGCAUCGCCUUCGGCCGGAUUCUCCUCAUUCCCGUUACGGCAUGGAUGGGAGAAGAGCUCGCGGUGCUCGUCUACCUCUUCUGCGCCAUUGGUCUGCAGCUCCUCGUCUGGUUGCUCCCCAACAUCGUAGCCAACGCCGUAGCGCUCGCCUUGCUCGGCGUGUUCUUGGGACCCGCUUUCCCAGCCAUGAUCCGGGUGUGCGAGAGGACCGUUCGGCCGAGAGCACACCUGACCGCGGCGAUCAGCUUCAUCUCGACAUUUGCAGCGGCGGGUAUGGCGAUGCUACCGUUGCUGGUGGGCAUCGCAUCGCAGGAGGCGCCUCAGGGGAUCAAGAUCUUGGCGCCCAUGUUGGUGGCGAUGCUGGCGGUUCAGGUGGGAUUGUGGUGUGCGACGAACAAGAGGUACCUCGUAAAGAGGGUGCUGAGGAGGAAGGGGGACGAGCAGCAGGGGAUUGAGGACGUUGAUCGGCUUGACUAG